UAAAAAGCCAGUGCUGGUGCAGACUCGCUAGCGUGCAACACGGGAGACGAAAUGCCGAAGAAAGUUGACGCAGAGUAUCGUGGUGUGUUGUCGUUGUGACCGUGGUGUUGUUUCCGAGGUUGAUUGUUGUUAGUGAUGUUAUGAACACACACCUGGACAUCACCGGCUGAAAUGUGGUUACCGUUGCCGAUAAACGCUAUCCUCCCCCUAGGGCUGUUCGCCGUCGUCGCCGCCGCCGCCGGGGAUAUUUGUAAUCCAAAAGCUUGCAGCAAAAACAAUGAGAAAUCCGUCUGCGGGUCGGACGGCCUAACCUACCCAAACAGAUGUUUGUUCGAGAAAGCGCGUUGUCUCAACAAAACGAUGACGGUGGUUCGUAGAGCGAACUGCAAAACACAAAGACGCUGCACCGAAUGGACGAAUUUGGUGCACAACUCGUCGUCUUACAGCUUCAAAGCGAAAUGCAGAACGGACGGUUCGUACGACGCCGCCCAGUGCAUACCCGAAAUCGGAUACUGUUGGUGCGUUACGCCCGAGGGCAUCCCUCUAACCUACACCACCAUGGAGAUUAGACCGGACUCCAAACCCAGAUGCGGAAAGAAGAAGUCGCCCGAAAGGAGAUCGCCGAGCAGAAGGAAAGGGAAGAUGUGCAAACCGAAGGACAAGGACACCUUCAACCACAAUUUAAUCCGUUCAUUUCAAAAAGACUACGAAAUCAAUUCGGGAACGGAGAACGACAACCACACGUUCAUCUUGACGUGGAAGUUUCAGACGUUGGACAACAACAAAGACGGCUACCUGGACAAGCUAGAAUAUAAAGAUUUAAAGAGGAUGACGAAGAAAGCGGUACGACCGAAGAGGUGUGCGAAAAACUUUACGCGGUCAUGCGACGUGGACGGAGACCAAAGAAUUAGCCAGCAGGAGUGGGCGGAGUGUCUGACCAUAAACUUUCCUUUGCUCGUGUUCUUGUCGCUGAACCCAGAUGUCCGCGAAGAGAACGCAUCCCAGUACCCAGGCGAAUCGGAGAGCGACGAGUACGACCUACCCCCGGGGGGACACCGCCCGCCAAAGGAAAUUCUACAUCAAGGAAGCCAAUCUAUGGACAGGAGCUUCGAUUACGACACCCCCGAAAUUAGGGAUGACGAUCCCACCGACUGUAUAUCGGACAGAACGACGGCGUUGAGCGAGGAGACCCAUCUCUACGUACCAGAAUGUACUCCCGAUGGAAGAUAUCAAAAGGUCCAAUGCUACAAAUCAGUCGGCUACUGCUGGUGCGUACACGAAGACACGGGGAAAACCAUACCCGGAACGUCGGUGAAAAACAUGACGCCAACGUGCGACCACCAACCCACUGAAAGAUUGAUGAAAGGUUGUCCGGACGAUAAGAAAACCAAAUUUCUGCAGGAACUAUUCCAACAUUUGCAGACCAAAAUGACGCAGAUGAUCAACGAAACUAACACGCUGAACGGUUUGGACUACAUCGAUUCGAAGGAAGAACGUGUGGCGAAGUGGAGCUUUGUGGUUUUCGACAAAAAUAAAAGCAAAGCUCUCGAGAAAGUGGAAUGGAAAGCGUUCAAGGAUAUGGUGUCGGGUGUGAAAGGUUUAAGGAAAUGUGGCAAAAAGUUGCCGAGAUAUUGUGAUAUUAACAAGGACAGAAGUAUCAGCCUGACCGAAUGGUUGGAAUGUCUAAAUGUGCAUGUUUUCUCACUGGGAGUUGCGAGUUCAGCACACGGAAAGAAAACGUUGAGCAUGCUAAUGGAAGAUUAGCAUUCAUUAUGCGUGAUUGUUGUGAAGUGUCAACAGAAAAGACUGUUAAUGCACUUGACCUAAAAUGGUCCUGGAAAGCCCUAGACGAUUAUAUGUGAUUGUAGCUUAGUGUAUAGCUUCUCAUAUUUAAAGAAUGUUCCAAGCAUAUAUGUAUUAUAAUAUAGAGAAAUCUUAAAUUAUGUGUUGAAUUUUAAAAAUCUUAUGUAUAAUUCAUUCUAGGAUUUAUAUUUAUAAAAAUAAAUGUGCUUAGAAUUAUUCUUAAAUGCAUUAUGCUUAUUUAUUAAAAAUUGUACUAACAGUUUAUUUUUUGUACUGCUACAGUAUUACAAAUGUGUGAAUUUUUCCUAAUAUCUCUCUGACUUAUGCUUUAAAUUAACGUUAUCACUGUAUUUAUGUAAUAUUAGUACCAGUAUGGAAAAGAACGUGUAUCAUAAAAAUUUAAUUCAUAAAUCAAAUAUUGUUAAUACAUUGAAAUUUGAAUAAAAUUAGUUUUUGUUAA